CCUGUUUUAUCUUUCAGCUCAUGUAAACCAAGCAACAUGGCUCUGUCGCCCACGCGCUCCAAGGCACUGGUUGACACUUCUGCGACUUCCCAGGAAGUUGCGGCCCUCUAUGUUAGCGUGCUUCCAAACUUGGAAGCGUCAAAGGCGCGGGUCAAGGUCGCGCUCAAGUCGUUCGUGGACGCCAACGACAAUCCCAGCACCAGCUCAAACUACUCCAGUAGAGAGGAGGAUCCCGUGCAUGUCUUCCUGGACAUGCUGCCGCACGCGCGGCGCGACGCCAUGUGGACCGUGCUCAUCCUGCGUGCCCUCAAAAUCCUCUCGCGCAAGCAGCCCAACCGGCUUCGCUUCGGCCCAAACGGGCUCAAAGCAAUUGUCGAGGCGAUCAUCAGCCCCCUAAACAACAAGGUGGCUGCGGAGGGCGCCAACGUGCUCCUGAACGCCUGCUACGAGCCGGUCAACGUGGAGGCGCUGCUGAGCGGCCCGGGCGUGAGCCAGCUGCUGCUGUUCCUGAUGGAGGACGACCAGGAGGUGGCGGCCAACGCGGCGGGCGCCAUACAGAGCAUCUGCUUCCAGGAGGCGGGCCGGCGCCACGUGUACGCGCAGGGCGGUGUGGCGGCGCUGACGGGGCUGCUGGGGGCCUCCAACCCGCGCGUGGCCAGCCGGGCGGUGGGUGCCAUCCACAACCUGUCCUCACACGCAGAGGUCAUCAAGGACAUCCGGCGCCACGGCGGGCUGCCCACGCUGGUGUCUCUGCUGUCCGACCCCUCGCUCACCGUGUCGGGCAGUGCGGCGGGCGCGCUGCAGAACGUGUCGCGCGAGGUCGCCAGUAGGCUGGUCAUACGCGAGCUGAGCGCCGUGCCGCCGCUGGCGCGGCUGCUGUCGGCGCCGGACGUGCAGGCGCAGGUGUGCGCCUCGGGCGCGCUGCUCAACAUCGUGGGGCCGGACCUGGACCGGCGCGAGACCGCCGACCCGCGCCGCGCCGCCGCGCUGCUGGCAGACAGCAGCCGGCCCAGCCAGCGGCGCAGCCUGGGGCGGCUGAUGGCGCUGGCAAUGGCCGCCGCCGCCAUCUACGACUGCGUGUACGAGCAGGCGCCGCCGCUGCCGCCGCUACCGGAGAGCUGAUGAGGAGGGGGAUAAGGAGAAGUCGCGGCGGUAUGUGGCUGUGCGCACCGUGCGGGCUGCGUCGCUGGAGCCGUGCCGCAGCAUGUAGGCCGCACGGGCGUGCGUGCGGGGGCCGAAGGCGCCUGUGUGCACACGGGGUGCGGCGGCGAAGGGGCGCCUGCUGGCUGGUGACCGCGCCCCAGCAGGCGCUGCACACUGGGGAGGCGGGCGGUGGCCUCGCCGGCCCCGGCCCCCACCGGUGAGGCCGCUGCAGCGGGGCGCUGCCUUGCAAGCACCAGGGCCCCAUGCGCCCUGCACAUCAGCCCCCCUCUGCAGCGGCGGCAGCCACUACGGCAGCAGCAGCUGCUGUGUUGCUGUGGUGGGGCCACACAGCGCGUCCGUCCGGGCCGCUGUGCGGUCGGUGGUCAUGUGGAGGUGGCGGGUCAGCCCCGCAGCGC